AUGGCCUUGGCCAGGCUCGCACCCAGCAGGACGAAAGCAGACUUCUUCCAGAGGUUGGGUCUGUCGGAGGACAAUCCGGCCCACAAGGAGCUCUACGAGCUGAUGAAGGAAGAGGCGGCCGAGGGACGGAGGCGUACGAGCCAGGACCCAUCGAAUCUGGUGCCGCAAUGCCGCUCCGACCCCACGGUGCAGCCGCCAUACUCGUCGAACCAGAUAACGGAGACAGCAAUGCACCGCGAGGUGCUGAACGUGUACCACGCGGCGAGCGCGCGGACGCGGCCGUAUUACCAGCAGGGCCACUACAUGGACGGGCGCAACGAAGACAACUGGAUCAUCCGCUGGCUGCUGUGGCACGUCUUCCGAUACCGUGACAACAGAAAUCGGCACCGAGGUAGUGGCGCAUCGUCCAGCGUGACUGCCAGCGAGACUGACGGCCCAGGUGCUGCAGUUCCAUCCCAGGGCGGAUCUCCGGACGGCAACAACGGCGGGGGCUCAACGGAGAUGUAUGACCCCGUCCGAGAUCUGUGA